CAGAGACACAUCAGGAUGCCUGAACCCGCCAAGUCUGCGCCCAAGAAGGGCUCCAAGAAAGCCGUGACCAAGACGGCCGGCAAAGGAGGCAAGAAGAAGAGAAAGACCAGGAAGGAGAGCUACGCCAUCUACGUCUACAAGGUCCUCAAGCAGGUCCACCCCGACACCGGCAUCUCCUCCAAGGCCAUGAGCAUCAUGAACUCGUUCGUUAACGACAUCUUUGAGCGCAUCGCCUCCGAGGCCUCCCGCCUGGCUCACUACAACAAGCGCUCCACCAUCACCUCCAGGGAGAUCCAGACGGCCGUGCGCCUUCUGCUGCCCGGAGAGCUGGCCAAGCACGCCGUGUCCGAGGGCACCAAGGCGGUCACCAAGUACACCAGCUCCAAGUAAACCUGCUGUUUACCCCAACAACCACAAAGGCCCUUUUUAGGGCCACACAAAUACAACUUGAAGCAAAAAUCCUGUUUAAUACAAAAGUUGAACUUUUGUAUUAAACAUAUGAAAGGUAAAGUAAACACAGCGUGGGAGUUCCACCCACUCAAUGGUAACUGUUUUCACAUUUUGUAAUAGUAAAACGUGCUGAUUCCAGUUGUCAUAUUCGUGAAAGAUUUAGUUUUAAUAAAAGCUCUAUUUUGGUUAGUUGGUUCUAGA